AUGGCCUCCCCCGUCGAUCCCCGCGCGUAUGCGCUGGCUGCUGCAAUAGGCGUCGCCUUCUCGGGCUUCUCAGUCACUUUUCCGAUGGGCCCCACCUUGAUCCAGCACUUUGGCAUGUCGCAGCUGCAGUUUGGCACGCUGACCACAGCCUUUGCCAUCGCCAAGCUUUGUGGGAACAUCCCAUCCUCGAUCCUGGCUGAUGUCUACGGCCGGAAGCCUUUGCUGGUCGGUGGGCUAAUGUGCAUCGCAACCGGCAUUGCGGGCGUGGCCUUCUGCUCGGGCUACGAGCAGCUGAUGAUACUUCGCCUGGCCGUGGGCCUGGGGGUGGCCUCCACCUUCACCUCGGCAGGCAUGUACGUCACGGACAUCUCACACCCUCUGAACUCCGCCCGCACCCGCGCGCCCAUGCAGAUGGGCAUGUCUGCGGGUUUGCUGAUCGGCCCUGCUUUGGGCGGCUACCUGCUGGAGAGUGUUGGCUUGGAGCUAAUGACUCUUGGAGUGGGUGCCAGCUCCCUGGCAACAGCCUGCUGCGUCUUCGCGCUGCUGCCUGAGACGCAUCGACUCAGACCCUGGUCCAAGGGCCGAGGCGUGGUGGACACGCUCCAAUCCUGGAGGCCCAUGCUGAAGGACCACCAGUUCAGAAACGUCUUGUCCUUUGGCUGGUGCUACAAUGCUGCUUUCUGGGGCGCGAUCGCUUUGGUUCCCUUAAUCUACGUGGACCUGGCACUCUGCCCCAUGGUGGUCGGCGGCAUCUCCACGGCCAACGCCCUGGUGAGCCUUGCUGUAACACCAGUGGUGGCGCGCAGCGCCGACCGCCUGGGCAAGAUGCGCGUGGUGCUGCCAGGGGCCAUCCUGUAUGGCAUCAGCCUCAUGGUGCUGCCGCAGGUUAGCUCGCUCAUAGAGCUGCUGCCGGUGCUGGCGGCCAUGCAGGUCGGUGCUUGCAUGUGUGCGCAGGCACAGAUGCACGCCAUGGAUCUGGCACCAGUGAAGGAUCGCGCCAAAGUGCCCUCCAUGUGGAACACCUUCGGGGACACCGGGAUGCUGCUGAGUUCCUUCACUGCUGCGAUGAUGGCAGAGCAUCUGGGUCUGGGCAGUGCCUUCCUCGCCGAUGGCUUCCUGCUAUUGGUGGCAAGCAGCGCCAUGUUUAUGCUGAGGGCGCGAGCUUAA